UCCUACUGGAAAUCCUAGUUUUCAUCUCACGUGAAUAUAUAACAUGACCUUCAUGGCAAGACAGAGAGGGAGGGCACGACUAUAAUAUCAAUAUCGUAUUUUCAAUUUGUUCAUGAAAUAGCCUUUCCAGUCACCGGCGUUAGUUGAUCAGAGUCACAGUCACUACGGCAAGCACAUUAUUAGAGUGGGUUCGUUUCUUCCUCUUUCGAUUUCAUCAUCUUCUCAUUCUCUGUUAAUUCGUUUCUUACAUCUUAAAAAACAAUAUAAAGAAGGGCGUGGUUUUGUUGUGAGUACUGAGCAGAGAAGAGAAAAAUGAUCAUCCCCGUUCGUUGUUUUACCUGUGGAAAGGUCAUUGGAAACAAAUGGGACACCUAUUUGGACCUUCUCCAGGCAGAUUACAGUGAAGGAGAUGCACUGGAUGCAUUGGGAUUGGUUCGAUAUUGUUGUAGGCGCAUGCUUAUGACCCAUGUUGAUCUCAUUGAGAAGUUGCUCAAUUACAACACUCUGGACAAGUCUGAUCCCAAUUAAGAAGGCUUAAGGAAUAACAGAUGAUGUUUCAGUUGCAUUCCAUGGCCUAUGGCAAUGUAUCGAUUUUUGUUUUCUUUUUUGAAUUGCAUUUUUACAAGCAGUUCAUGUUUGUGUGCUGGUUCAGAGCAAGUAUGUUUGUUAUCGGUUCUUUAGAGGAGCUAUGACAAGAGACAGUUUAUGUUAAUAUCUCAUACAAUGGUAUUAUAUGACAGACCAAACUUUAGAAGGAUGCCACAUGCAAACAAGUUAAUUGGCACAUAAAAAUUCACGAUUA